AUGUUUUCCAUACUUAUCGCUGGCCGAUUGCCACAAGUUAAUUUUCAACAAGUCAGCGAAACUCAAUUCGUUAUUCCAAUUUCGGAUGUUGAUCACGUAAAUCAUCUUGUUGUAUUCAUGACUGGUCAGAUACCAUUUCCGGACAACUACGGAGGAGGUGUCUAUUUCAGUUGGCCAAGUACUGAAGGACCAUCGUGGAUCUAUUUGGGCAAAAUAACAAAUGCAAAACCAAGUGCAAUAUUUCGAAUUAAUAAACUUAAGGACAAUGAAUCCAAAGCCGAUUCUGCGUCAACAUUGUUCAGUGCAUUUCAACAUCAAACUGCUGUACCAACUGAUGGUCUGUUGGGUAUUAGUGUUGAACCUUUAUCUCAACUUGAGCAACAAGUUCAACCAAGCGAUGUGACUCCAACGACUGUCGCAUCGAAUGUUGAAUUCGUUUCUAAAAUGCUCAAUAAUUUCGUGAACUAUGUCACAUCGUUCGUUCAAAAUGUUCCCGGAACAUCUGAACAAAUCGUUCCAUUAAGUAUAGUUCAAACAUGGUUUAACAACUUUCAAAGACGUCUCAGUGAAAAUCCCAAUUUUUGGAAAACAACUUAG